AUGUGUGUGACUGAUAAUGGCGAUGUUUAUUUUACUGAGUUUAUUAGCAAUUCCAUGAGCCGUCUGUCACCAUCAAGAUCUGUCUCUAUAGUCAUAUAUACAGAUCCUCUGGUACCAAUAGGGAUCUGUCAGUCAGUGGAUGGUGGACUACUGGUUACCUUGAUAGACAGGGAAUCAGAUAAUUACAAAUUAGACUCACACAGCAGACGUCUGGUAAGACGCAUCAGAAUGACAGGUGACGUCCAUGAAUAUGAGUACCAGGAGGACGGUCAGACAAGACUGUUUACAUAUCCAUACAGAGUCACACUGAUAAGUAACCGCGAUAUCUGUGUUGUGAACCGUACAAGUGACUCUUCUGGAGAACUAGUGAUUAUGUCUCCCUCUGGUCAUAUAAAGUCUGUGUACCGUGGACGGAGUCUGACAAAGAACUUUGAUCCAAUUGAUGUAGUGUCUGACUCCCUUUGUAACAUUCUAGUUACAGACUUUAACAACAAACAGAUCCAUCUGCUGAGUCCUGACGGCGAUUUCCUGAAGUUCUUACUGGCAGACAAUGAAGUGUACUGUCCAUCCAGAUUAUCAUUGUACAAGUCUACACUGUGGGUGGGAUACCGUGAAGGAAUUGUCAAAGUAUUUCAAUACAGGAUGUAA